AGCACACCGUUAAAAGAGAAUCGGCGGUCAGGUCAGUGUAGAAGGAAAGGGGUCAAAUCGGAAAAAGAAGAAAUUGCAUGAGAAACACGCAGGUAGAGAGGGUGCGUAAGUUGAUGCUUGGCGUGGAGGAGCAACCACUGCAAAUGUUCAAGUAUUUCUGCUGAAAAGAAAUGAGAAUCCCACGGAAAUAGAAAAAAGAGAGUGGGAGUUUGAUUUAGUGGUACAAGCAAAACCAUAACAGGUCUAUGCACAGCUAGCUUAGCUAAGAGAAAACAAACUCCACGAGAAUAUCAAAAACAAAGAGUACAAGUAGGAAUCUGAUUGCACAAAAAAGCUUGCAUGUAGGUUUUCUUCGAUGAAGCUCAUGGUGUUAAUGGUUCCAUUGAUACUGGUUUCUGGGUUUGUUGUCAUUUUUGGUCUAAGAUCUACUACGACUUCCAGCUGGGAUUUUAUAGCAAGACAACCGGCCUGGCUAUGGUGGGGACAUGGUAAUUCUUCUUUAAACGGUGCUAGUAGUGUCACGGUACAUGCAAAAGAGAGUGAUGAGUCUCCGCCUCUUAUUAACGGCUUUUCUCCUCCACCGCAAGCUGUUGAGGCGUUACCAUUUGAAGAGCCUAAUGUUUUGAAACAAGAUGUUUCAGAAACUUCAGGGCCCAUUGCUGCCCCAGCAAACGAAGCUCUUGAUCUUGCCAGAAAAACAAGACAUAAAACCGAGCACACCAGCCUAGAGAAACUCGAAGCAGGCCUUCAAAAAGCUCGAGUUGCAUUAAAAGAGGCUAAAAAUGGAAAGCAAGCAGAUGACCCUGAUUAUGCUCCGGCAGGCCCUAUGUACUGGAAUGCCGAAGUCUUUCACAGGAGUUAUUUGGAAAUGGAAAAACAGUUUAAGGUCUUUGUGUAUGGAGAGGGGGAGCCCCCUGUAUUUCAUAAUGGUCCUUGCAGGAGCAUAUACUCCAUGGAAGGAAAUUUUAUUCACAGGAUGGAGAUUGAUGGCCAUUUCCGUACCAAGGAUCCGGACAAAGCACACGUUUAUUUCCUCCCCUUCAGCGUAGCUAUGAUGGUUCGAUUUGUCUACGAGCGGGAGUCACGGGAUUUUGGUCCGAUAAGGAGGACUGUGUCGGACUACAUCAAUCUAAUCAGUGGAAAAUAUCCAUUUUGGAAUCGAAGUCUUGGUGCCGAUCAUUUCAUGCUUGCUUGCCAUGACUGGGGGCCAGAAGCUUCAUUUUCCGUUCCUCAUCUAGGCAAAAUCUCAAUUCGCGCACUAUGCAAUGCCAACACCUCAGAAAAAUUCAACCCCAUCAAAGAUGUAUCCUUGCCAGAGAUCAAUCUCCGAACCGGUUCAAUAAAGGGCUUCGUUGGUGGACUAUCUCCAUCAAAACGCUCAAUCUUAGCUUUCUUUGCAGGAAGGCUUCAUGGUCCUAUCAGACCUGUAGUUCUUGAGCACUGGGAAAAUAAGGAUGACGAUAUCAAGGUGCAUCAGCAGCUCCCAAAAGGGGUAUCUUACUAUGAAAUGAUGAGGGGAAGCAAGUUUUGCCUUUGUCCAAGUGGUUAUGAAGUUGCAAGUCCCAGAAUUGUCGAGGCGCUCUACGCUGGGUGCGUUCCAGUGCUGAUUUCAGAUCAUUACGUGCCACCUUUUAGUGAUGUCUUGAAUUGGAAGUCAUUCUCUGUUGAGGUUCCGGUGAGUGAUAUUCCCAGCUUGAAGAAGAUAUUGACAAGUAUAUCUCCAAGGCAAUACAUAAGAAUGCAAAGAAGAGUGCUGCAAGUAAGGAGGCACUUCGAGGUUAAUUCUCCUCCAAAGCGGUUUGAUGUCUUCCACAUGAUUCUUCAUUCUAUUUGGCUUCGUAGAUUGAAUGUUGGAAUUCAUGAUGAUCAAUUAGCCAUCACCAGCUGACUGAACCAGUAAUUAAUCAGAUUCCUAAUGAGUUGUGUAAUUAUGUUAAGGAUACUUUUAAUCAGAUGGCUAAGUCCUGGAAAAUAAAUUACAGGCUCCAUUGAUCAGCCUAUUCCUUCUAUA